UCUGUUUUUAACAAAAAAUUAAAAUUAGAUAAUUUAUAUAGUAGAAAGAAGUAUUAAAUUCACGCGCUUUUUUUACCGAUUUGGUAUCUACUGCAUCCCUAAUAUUACCACCCGAAAUUGAUAUCGUCUUAUGAACCCGUCAACAUAGUAUCACCCUAAAACUUUUUUUUUUUAUAGUACAUUAUGUCGAACACUUUACGUCCAUAUUUAGCAGCAGUCAGAUCUACUUUGACAGCUGCACUUUGUUUAGAAAAUUUUUCUUCCCAAGUUGUAGAAAGGCAUAAUAAGCCCGAAGUUGAAGCAAGAUCAUCAUCGGAAGUAGUAAUGAAUCCUUUAAUAAUUAGUAGAAAUGAAAAUGAGAAAGUUAUGAUAGAGCCUUCUGUUAAUUCAAUUCGUAUUAGUAUCAGGAUUAAGCAAGCCGAUGAAAUUGAAACAAUUCUAUGUAAGAAAUUUACUAGAUUUAUGAUGCUUAGAGCAGAAAAUUUCAUAAUUCUAAGAAGAAAGCCAAUUGAUGGAUAUAGUAUUAGCUUUUUAAUUACCAAUUCUCACACGGAACAAAUGUACAAACACAAGUUGGUUGAUUUUAUUAUUCAAUUUAUGGAAGAAGUUGAUAAAGAGAUUAGUGAAAUGAAAUUAAGUUUAAAUGCUCGUGCUCGUAUAGUUGCUGAAUCAUAUUUAUCUCAAUUUGACUAAUGUAAAGUCACAAAUUAUAUAUUAAUUUUAAUACAAAUUGAUAAAAGUCUAAUGAUAAAAGAUAUUCCCUAUUCAUUAAUGUUUUUAUUCUUUUUUUCUCGUGAUAAUUUACUAGCAGUAAAACUAGUUAUUAUUUUAUCGUUAAAUUUUCUUGCCACCCAAAACACUGGUAAUCUAUAAGGAAUGAAUGACGAAAAUCGCGUUCGUUCAUUUUGUCUCGGCAUUGGAAGUGCAUUGUUAGCCAUGAUUAUGUACUUUUGCCCAAAAAAUUAUAUUUUAUAAAUUAAGAAAAAUGUCGGAAAAAUAAUAAAAAAAAAAGCAAAUCAAAAAUAAAACUUACAAGUGGAAAAAAGAGUGCAAAUA